UUCACAAUGGCGAGGAAGUUAAACGAGUGGUUCUUCCAUUUACCAUCUUCCUCGUUGGGAGAUUCAGAGGAGGAUUCUCCGAUCGGAAGCGCGAGGAAAACAAUGGAAAGAGAAUCGUGUGCUACCACUUUCAUGAGAUUUCGCGAACUUGGUUCCAGCCUUUUGAGAUUUUAGCAAAUGGUGACGAAUCUGGACAACUUUUAGGGUAUAGAACGCCGGACUCGGGUAACCAGACAUCGACCGCCGGAGAAGGAUACAAUACUGUAUACCGGAGAAGGAUGAUGCUGCCGUAGUUUGGUUUAGUAAACCGGAUUCGUAAUACACCGGUUAUGUUCUGUCCGCUUUGGUUUUUAUUAAUCUUAACGUAAAACGAUGAGUGGUUCUCAAGUGUUCGUCUGGGAAAAAAAAGGAAAUCAAACGAAGAGUGUUUGCACCUGGGGAUCGAGUUAAGGUGGGAACGAAGAAGGGAAAGAUCGAAACAGGCGAGAACAAUUGGAAUAUCAAUCUAUUAAUGGUCUUGAUGAUCAUUAAAGGUAUAUUUAGGAGAUAUGAGAAAUGGAAUCCUGUGCAUCCUACUUAUGGAGCAUUUUGGGGUAUGGGGAUCGGGAUUGGUUGUGGUGUCGGAUGGGGACCUGGUUUUGGUCCUGAGGUCAUUGGUUAUGUAGGUGCUGGCUGCGGUGUUGGUUUUAGUGUUGGCAUAACACUUGCUGGUAUUGGCAUUGGUCUCCCGACAAAUCUUCUUCUUGCAGCUCCUUGUAACACUGUGGAAGCGACUAGAAAGGGCGCUUUCGAGUUGUUUGGUAAAAAUCUCUCAACUGAUGGUUGGAGCGAUUUCAUGCCUCAAAUUGCGGGGUUGCAGAGACAAGCAAGUGAGAUGUGCUCUGGUGUUAACAAGAAGCCUCACUUAAAUAAUGAGUUUGACAUAAAAAGUUUUCCUUUGUUCAUUUCACAUGAAUGUGGAAGAUUUGGGAGUCAUCUUCUCCAUGUGCGCAAAGGUUCAGAGGACAAUAAAUCACCACGAGGAUCUUAAGCAUCUGAGACACACACUUCUAGAUAGUUACUAUGAUUGGCAUAUGCGAAUGUGAAUGUGACUGUGAGCACAGAUCAGAACCAAGCCUGAAGCACUUGUGUCUUACAGUUACAGAGAUAUGUAUAAGGGGUUAAGGAUUUGACAGUAGCAUUCAUAGACAGUUCAGAGUAGUUGUUUCACAAAGAAAAGACCAGAAGUGUAGUUAAUGUUACACCACAGGUUUAUGCUUUGCCCUUAAUCAAAUAAUAUAUUUUCUCCUUUUUUCUAA